UGAGUAUUCACUGGUUCCUUUCUAACAGUACAAGUACACAAUACUGUGAGUAAUCACUGGUUGCUUUCUAACAGUACAAGUACACAAUACUGUGAGUAUUCACUGGGUACUCUCUAACAGUACAAGUACACAAUACUGUGAGUAUUCACUGGUUCCUUUCUAACAGUACAAGUACACAAUACUGUGAGUAUUCACUGGUUCCUUUCUAACAGUACAAGUACACAAUACUACUAAUAAUAGGAGGCAGUCACUAUGAUGUGUAAUGGGAGCAGAGAGCAUCAUGGGAGCUGUAGUUCCUAAUGCUAAACAAACUAAAGGAUAGACAGGAAGUGAUGUCAGGACUUUGGCACGACCAAUGGGAGAGCUGCUUUUCACCAGUAGAGGUCGGGUAUCUCUCUGACUGGGUUACCCUCCUCGUGUCUCCAGGUGUCUCCCAGUGCUCCCACUGCUCCCAGUCCGGUACAGUAUGCUGCCGGCCUCCAUCCAGAUCACUGGUGAGCUGCUGUCGGCGGCUGAGGUCCAGGACAUAUGUGAGAGUCUGAAGGAGGACGGCGUGCGGCUGCUCUCCGUCCGCGGCUGUCAGCUCUCCGACCGCGACUUUGGACGCGUCUGUCGCGGUGUCGCAGAGUCUAACUCGCUCGCUCAGCUGAACCUCAACCUGGGCGUCGUCUCCGGGAUCAAUCGGACCAGACACCUGGCCGACGCCCUGAAGACCAACCGGUCUCUGCAGACCCUGUUUCUCCAUGGCAGCCCGCUGUUGGACGCCGGCCUGGUGACCUUGAACUCGGCCCUGUCGACCCACCCGACGCUGGUCUGUCUGGACCUGGGAGACUGCAUGCUGGGAGACGAGGCGCUGGGUCUGAUCUGUGGGAUGCUGCCGCCCGACGGAGCAAAGUCAGGUCUGAGGGAGCUCACGCUGAGCGCUAACCCAGGAAUCAGCUCCAAAGGCUGGGCUCGACUCACCAUCGCUGUGGCUCACAGCUCCCAGAUCAGAGUCCUGAACCUGGACUACAACCCACUGGGUGACCAGACAGCAGGAAUGCUGGCGGUUGCCGUGGCGUCCAGUAGAACCCUGGAGGUUCUGGACCUGGAGGGCACUGGACUGACCAACCAAUCAGCACAGGUGUUCCUGGACAUGGUGGAAAACUACCCCACCAGUCUGCGGGUCCUGGUCUUGGCGGAGAACGACAUCAGUCCGGAGCUGCAGCAGCAGAUCUGUGACCUGCUGUCUGAGGGUGAGGAGGACGACGACAGGGAGGCCCCGCCCCUAACACAAGGCCCCGCCUCCAGCAGCAUCCUGCUGCCAAUCAGAGACAAGUACCAGCCAAUCAGAGACAAGUACCAGCCAAUCAAAGACAAGUACCAGCCCCCCACCUGGCUAUCCCACAGCAGUAAGGGCUGACCACUCCCCCAGACUGUCCCCCUUUACUCUCCAUACUGGUCCCCCAUACUGGUCCCCCAUACUGGUCUUCCAUACUGGUCCUCCAUACUGGUCCCCCCAAAGACAGCAAGACUGGUUCAGACUGCAAAAAACCAGUUCAGAACCAGAACAUAACUAGUCUACUUUCCACUUUAUCAUGCUGGUUCUCCUGAUACAGGGUACCAUACUAAUUCAACUUGUUUAGUUUACUAUAGUGGUUCUGUUGGUGUAGUUUACCAUACUGGUUCCACUGGUGUAGUUUACCACACUGGUUCUACUGGUGUAGUUUACCACAGUGGUUCCACUGGUGUAGUUUACCACACUGGCUCUACUGGUAAGCUUAUCAUACUGGUUCUUCUUGAGUAGUUUGUCAUACUGGUUCCACUGCAGUAGUCCACCAGUAUCAGUACUCUAGUUUCACUAAUGCUGAGUUCGCGCCAGCCUGGUUCUUUCCCAGUUUUAGCCUGGUGCUGUCCUAGUUGAGUCCAGUAUGACCCCAGUCUGUGCCUCUGGGCCAGUAUACCUGGAGGUGUCCCAGUUGACCCAGUAUUAGACUGGUUCUGUGGUGUUCAGUGUCCUCAGUGACAGUAGGAGGUUUGUGUUCUGUAUAAUAGUCUAAGUGUGAAACUGGUUAAACUGGUUUUCAAUCCCAGAUGAAACUUCACCCUCUGGAGUGAAUCCACUUGAUUUUGAUAAAUUGAUAUUGUCCCAAAAUGUAUAUAUUUUUCAA